AAAAUGGCUGAAUAACACGAACCAGAAACCCACGAAGAUGUAGAUGAAAAUUACGAUCCCGAAGCCGAAUGUGCUGGAGAUUUCAAACCAGUAUAAGAAUUACCCGAAGUAGCUGUAGUAACAGGAGAAGAAAAUGAAGAUGUACAUGAUAAAUUCAGAGUAAAAUUAUACAGAUGGAGAGAAAACGAAUUAAAAGAAAGAGGUGCUGGAGAUUUAAAAUUCUUAAAAAAUAAGGAAACUAGUAAAAUUAGAAUUUUAAUGAGAUAAGAUAAAACUCAUAAAAUUGUUGCAAAUUUCCUUGUUUAAGGCGUAGAACCAAUGUGCUAAUUAGUUCCUUUAAAAACUCAUGAUAAAUCAUGGGUUUGGACUUGCUAUGAUGCUUCAGAUGAAUAACCUGCUGUUGAAAAAUUAUGCGGAAGAUUUACUAAUGCAGAUGAGUUUUAGAGAUUCAAAAAAGUCUUUGAAGAAACAAGAGAUAUUAAUAAUAAAAUGAUGAAAAAUGAAAAAAAGAUGAAGUAAAAAAGAAUGAUUGAAAAAUAAUUUCAUAUUUAUAUUGUUUGAUUGUCUGUGAGUUUUUUAUUAUUAUUUUUUUUUUUUUUUUUUUUUAAGAUUUAAAUGUUUAUUUUAUUUAAA